UUUCUUCCAUGGACGCCCCAGAGCGCGACGCGUUAAUGGAGGGAGCUCCUCCGGGUCACCUUAGCUCCGCGCACCUCGGAGUGAAAUGAAUGGCCAUCUCCAUCUCAUCCCCUCCACCCCUCCCCGGCUCCACCUCACCUCACUGUCCCCUACCUUCCUCUCCUUCCCGCCCGCGCCGUGUCCUCAUCCGCCUCCCCAUGGGCCCCAUCCCCGCCUACCCCUCCGCUCGGUGGCCGUCGCGGCCGCCGCCGACCCCCGCGCCGCGCACGCGGCGGCAGUCAAGUCCGGCGCGCUCGGCCCCUCCUCAGACGCCCGCACUGCCAACGCCGUCAUGUGCGCGUACCUUCGCGUGGGCCGCCUGGGCGACGCGCGGGACGUGUUCGACUGGAUGCCCGCGCGCGACGCCGCCUCCUACAGCGCGCUCAUCUCGGGCUACGCGCGCCUCGCUGGUGGCUCCGGCUCCGUCACGGCCACCGUCGCCUCCGCGGAGCUUCUUGGACGCAUGCGCCUCGCGGACGGGCUGCUCCCCACCGAGUACACCUUUGUGGGCCUCUUCACCGCCUGCGCCCGCAGGGGCAACCCGCGCCUCGGGACACAGGUGCACGCCCUCGCCGCCAAGUCCGGCCACUCCUCGUUGCUCCUCGUGGCCAACGCGAUCCUCGGCAUGUACGUCAAGUGCGGCCGCUUCGGGGACGCGAUGAGGGCGUUCGAUGGCAUGGACCGCCGUGACGUCUCGUCGUGGAACGCCGUCCUGGCCGGGCUCGUCGAGCUGGGGCGGCACGAUGAGGCGUUCGAGAUGUUCGGCGAGAUGCGGGCGAGCGGGAACGUCCGCGCCGACAGGUUCAGUCUGUCAGCGCUCCUCACAGCAGCAGGCGAGGGGGUUGGGCAGCUCCAAGGGGAGGCGGUGCAUGCUCUGUCGUUCAAGUCGGGGCUGGAGACGGACCUGAGUGUGGGCAACGCGCUCAUCGGGUUCUACGCGGAGCAUGGUGCCUCUGUUGAGGACGUGGUGAGCGUUUUCCAGAGGAUGCCCGUGAAGGACGUGAUUUCGUGGACUGGUUUGCUGAAUGGGUACAUGGAGUUUGGUCUCGUUGACAUGGCACUGGAUGUGUUUGAGCGGAUGCCGCAGAGGAACUUCGUUACAUACAAUGCGGUUCUCACUGGGUUUUGUCGGAACAAGGAAGGCGUGCGCGCCACUUUUGCCAAGAAGGCGGGGCUCCGAGGGCUGGGUUUGUUUAGGCAAAUGGUGGAGGAUGGGCUGGAGAUCUCAGAUGUCACGGUGACAGGCGUGCUGAAUGCUUGUGCUAUUGCUGCGGAUAGGAAGGUGAGCGAGCAGGUUCAUGCGUUUGUGAUCAAGUGUGGAUGUGUGUCUAGUCCAUGGAGUGAUGCUGCGUUGAUUGACAUGUGCAUCAAAUGUGGCCGAUCUGGAGACGCGCAUCUGUUAUUUGAGCAAUGGCAGCAUGAGGAGAGCUUUCACAUUGCCUGGAAUUCUCUACUGCUGGCAAGUGUCAGAGGUGGUGAGUAUGAGAAAGCACUUUCGACCUUCCUUCAGAUGUUUAGAAGCAGUGGUGCAGAAUUCAUUGAUGAGUUCAUGUUGACUUCUGUCCUUGGAGUAUGUGGCAGUCUAGGUUUUGCUGAACUUGGAAAACAAAUGCAUACUUUUGCUGCAAAAUCCGGGCUUCUGAGCGCUCGUGGAGUUGGUAACGCAAUUAUCAGUAUGUACGGCAAGUGUGGGGAGUUGAAAGAUGCAAUCAGUUUGUUUGAGCGGAUGAGUUGUCGAGACUUGGUGUCAUGGAAUGCAAUGAUCACUGCCCAUCUUCUUCUUCAUCAGGGGGAUGAUAUAUUGAAGAUAUGGUCUGAGAUGGAGAGAUCAAUGGUCAGGCCUGAUUCCAUUACCUUUCUUCUGGUCAUAUCUGCUUGCAGUCACACAAGCUCAGACUCCACAGACAAAUGCAGAAAACUCUUUCUUUCUAUGCCAAGCACAUAUGGCAUUGAACCAGCCAUGGAGCACUAUGCAGCCUUUGUUUAUGUCCUUGGCUGCUGGGGCCGUUUUGACGAGGCAGAGCAGCUUAUAGGUGGUAUGCCAUUGCAGCCUGGUGCAUUAGUUUGGCGGUCUUUGCUAGACAGCUGCAGCAAGCACUCCAACAUGGCUGUGCGGAGGCGGGCCAUGAAGCAUCUGCUGGCAUUGGAACCACAAGACCCGUCCACGUACGUGCUGACUUCAAACCUACUAUCUGAAUCAGCAAGGUGGCGCUCCUCUGAGAACACAAGGCUAGAGAUGUAUGAAAAGGGUAUGCGCAAGAUCCCGGCCAGGAGCUGGACGUUUCAUGGCAACAUGGUCCACUCAUUUUUCGCACGGGAUAAAUCACACCCACAGUCCAGGGACAUAUACGCUGGCCUGGAUGUGCUAAUCCUCGAGUGCAUCAAGGCCGGGUACGAGCCAGACACCACCUUUGUUCUGCACGACGUCGAGGAGUACCAGAAGAGGCACUUCCUGAUGUACCACAGCAUGAAGCUAGCAUCAAUGUACGGUCUUCUGAUGGCAGGCCCUGGGCAGACAAUCCGCGUCGUGAAGAACAUCCGCAUGUGUGGGGACUGUCACUCUUUCUUGGAGCACGCCUCUGCUGCCACCGCCGUCCAGGUCCACAGGCCGGGCCGUUGGAUGAAGGAUGGCUGGCAGAGAGAGAACUAAAGCGAAGACAAUAAUGAGGCUAGUCAGAGCUGUCAGAUGCUACUCAAUAUGAACCAUGGCCACCUUGCUUGUGCUGGAGCAUCUGAAGGAGCUCAUGCAUAUCUAGUUUUGGAAGGCAAUAUUGAAGGUUCCCAACGUCCAUGUGCUGGUUCUAGUUUCUUUCACCUUGGGGACAUGUCUGAUAGCAUCGCUGUCCCCUACUGCAUACACAUAUAGUGUCGAUCUGCUCUCGCCUUUUUCCACAUGCUUGGUCACCUUUGUUCUCAUCCUCUCACACUUUCAUUCUAUAUGGGAGCUUACCGGUACAUGGUUGGCAUUAUACUUGCUC